CGAUAAGAACGCACGCGAGCGGAUCCCGAUCCCACCGGCUAUAGACUAUAGACCAUAUAAACACCAUAUAGAAGUCGAACUGAUUGAAAAUUGGUAAUACGCGCGCGCGUGUGCUUUUCCCGUGCAGCCAACGUAGUCGUCGCGAACUCCUCUUUAAAAACGUUUUCAUUAUUAUUAUUAUUAUUAUUUUUUUUGAUUACUUUUUUUUUCGCACCAAGUGAAUUGGCAAUGUGCAGUGCGUGAUGUGUGGUUUGGUGCUGCAUCCAAGUCUGCGGCAGAAAGAGGAAAACACUUGCAAAGCCAUCGGCUCCAGUAGGCUAUAGUUCUUAUAUAGUUCAUUCGAGUUCUAGUGCGGAAAAAAGGCAGCCUCAAAAAUGGCUGGGAAGAACCAAAUGAGCGUCUUCAUGGAUAAGAUCAACACGACGCUACAGUCGUGUCCCAUUGUGUGCAUCAAUGAGCCGGAUACGCACAGUGCCAACACGGAGAUACUGCAGACGAGUCCGGAGAGCACGCUAGAGAAGCCCAAGGCGGGAGGAGGAUCGGGUACAUCGGUGACCAGCCUGAAUGGCAACUGUAUUGCCAUCAAUGGAGGAGUAGGAGAGGCCAGCGGAGGAGUGGGAAGUGCGGCCGGAGUGACCAAGAUAACGAUAACCAGUGAGCAGGCGAACGGGAGCGGAAGUAGCAACAGCAACAGCAACAGCCACACCAAGACCGAUUGCUACAAGAACAGCAGCAGCUUGGUGUCCAUCACCAGCCUAAACAGCUGCAGCGAGCUCAGUCUCAGCCAGGGCAGCACCGCCACCCUGCCCAUCAGCAGCAGCAGCGGCAGCAGCAGCACUACCUGCAGCAGCAACAACAUCAGCAGUCAUCCCAGCAACAACAGCAACAACAACGGCAGCGACACCUCGUCCAACAACAACUUUCAGGAGCGCUUCGACUUUGAGCACUGGAAGGGCUUACUCAGCGACUACAACUGCUUCCACGGUCUGUAUCGCUAUUGGAAUCAGUACAGCGGACGCAGUGCCACCAACAGCAACAUCAGCAGCAGUCACCAGCAGCAGCAGCAGCAGCAGCUACAGCAGCAACAUCAGCAGCAGCAGUCACAGUCACAGUCCGACCAUGAGAACGGCCUGGGCAGCGGAGCCGGUUCCUUCUACACCCACAACAUACUAGGCUACACCUUUGGCUAUCCCUUUGGCCUAAAGGAGGACCUCGACGGCAGCGGCAACGGCCACUGCAACGGCAACAGCAACUGCAACAGCAGCACCCACAGUCUCGGCCUCAGGAAGUGGCUUUCAGGCAGCACCAGCAGCAACGAGACGCCGCUCCAGAAGCACUACAGGCACCAGCAGAAGAAGAAGAUGCCCGGGUUCAGGGGCAGGAGGGUCUGGUGCGGCUGCUUCAAGGACGAUGAGCCGCCUGAGAUCUGCGUCGUGGAGGGGGCGUUCACCCUGCAGACGCUCACGCCCACCCAACCGAUGCCGUCGGUGGACGAGCUGGACACCAAGUUCGCGGAGCUGGUGGAGGAGCUUGACCUGACGGCGCCCAACAAGGAGGCGAUGCUGAGCCUGCCGGCGCAAAAGAAGUGGCAGAUCUACUGCUCCAGGAAGCUGCCUCUGGACGCGGCCGAUGGCCCAGAUGCGGCGGCCAUUACCCAGCCACCCACCGCGGAGCAUUACAUCGAGCGACUGAAGGAGCUUGUGGUGCAUGUCUCCCUCUCGCCGGAGGACUCACCCAGCCACGAGCUGGGCAACCGCCUGGAUGGCCAUGCCGCCUUCGUGGACGCCCUCAAGACGGCCCUACGCACCUCCACGCACAGCUUUGUGCUCCGCUUUGUGGAGCUGGACGGGCUGCCGGCCCUGCUCGAUCUCCUGCUGCAGCUGGACAUCCGGGUGGCCAACAGUUCGCUGCACACCAGCCUGAUUGGCUGCAUUAAGGCGCUGAUGAACAACUCAAUGGGACGCGCCCAUGUGCUGGCCCAUCCGACGGCCAUCGAUACCAUAGCCAGAUCCCUGGUGGCGGAUAAUAUACGCACCAAGAUCGCCGCCCUGGAGAUUCUGGGUGCCGUGUGCCUGGUGCCGGGCGGCCAUCGCAAGGUGCUGCAAGCCAUGCUCUACUUCCAGGAGUUCGCCACGGAGCGAACCCGUUUCCAGAGCAUUGUGAACGACCUGGACCGCUCCACGUAUGGCUACAGGGAUAAUGUCAACCUGAAGACGGCCCUCAUGUCGUUUGUGAAUGCGGUGCUGAACUAUGGACCCGGGCAGGAGAAUCUCGACUUCCGGCUGCACUUGCGGUACGAGUUUCUCAUGCUGGGCAUCCAGCCGGUGAUCGACAAGCUGCGCACCCACGAGAAUGAGACGCUGGACAGGCAUUUGGACUUCUUUGAGAUGGUUCGCGCCGAGGAUGAGAAGGAGUUUGCCCGCCGCUUCAAGGAGGAGCAUGUGGACACCAAGAGCGCCGGCUCCAUGUUCGAGCUGCUGCGCCGCAAGCUCAGCCACUCGCCCGCUUAUCCCCACAUGCUCUCCCUGCUGCAGCACAUGCUCCUGCUGCCCUAUACAGGCCACUGCACGGAACACUGGCUGCUAAUUGACCGCGUGGUGCAGCAGAUUGUGCUACAGGUGGAACAGCGGCCGAACAGCGACCUCAUCUCCGAUCCGGAUGACCCCGAGAAGCAGCUGAAGCUGGCCGGCGACACGCCCGUCCACGAUCCCGACGUGGCGCCCCUACAGAUCGAUGUGGCCAAGCUGGUGCGCCUGCUGGUCAAGGAGGAGCAGCUGACGCAGGCGCGCAAGCGGGCCGACGAGCUGGAGCGCGAGAACUUCGAUGUGCAGUCGCGGCUGGCCAAGAAGGAGCAGGAACUCGAUCUGCGCAUGCAGGAGAAGGAGGACCUGGAGACGGGUCUGGCGCGCAUGCGGGAGCGCCUGGAGAAGGAGUCCGCCCAGCACUCGCAGGCGGUGCAGCGGGCGCAGACCGCCGAGAUGCGGGCAGAGGAUCUGCAGCACCGCCUGCUCAGCGAGCAGCAGGAGCGGGCUCGCCUGGAGCGGCUGGUCACCGAGGGCAGCAUACCCGACGACCAGAAGGUGGCCGGUCUCACCGGAUGCAAUGGCGCCGUCUCGCCGCCGCCAGCGCCGCCCAUGCUCAAGGCCAUACCGCCGCCACCGCCACCCAUGGCGCCGUCCAUGAUGCCCCCACCGCCACCGCCAUGCCCGGGAGCACCUCCUCCGCCGCCAAGCAUGGGUACCCAGACGAUGGCUCCUGCGCCACCUAAAGUGGAUCUGCCAAAGAAGAAUGUGCCACAGCCGACGAAUCCGCUGAAGAGCUUCAACUGGUCCAAGCUGCCGGACGCCAAGCUGCAGGGCACCGUGUGGAGCGAGCUGGACGAGAGCAAGCUGUACAACAACAUGGAGCUGGAGUCGAUAGACAAGCUCUUUUCGGCCUACCAAAAGAACGGGGUGUCGGCCACCGAUGGAUCCUAUGAGGAUCUGCGAGUGACCGGCAAGGCGGCCAAGCAGAAGGUGCUGUCGGUGAUCGAUGGACGCAGGGCGCAGAACUGCACAAUCCUGCUGAGCAAGCUGAAGAUGAGCGACAUGGAGAUAUCAAAGGCCAUUCUCUCCAUGGACAGCAAUGAGCAACUGCAGCUGGAUAUGGUGGAGCAGCUGCUCAAAUUCACGCCCUCGGCGGAGGAGCGAGCCUUGCUGGACGAGCACAGCGAGGACAUUGAGUCCCUGGCGCGGGCCGAUCGCUUCCUCUAUGAGAUAUCCAAGAUUCCCCACUACGAGCAGCGCCUGAAGAGCCUGCACUACAAGAAGCGCUUCAUGCUGACCAUCAACGACCUGAUCCCCCGCAUCACCAGUGUGAUGGAGGCCUCCCGCGAGGUGGCUCGUUCCCGUCGCCUGCGCAAGCUUCUGGAGCUGGUCCUGGCAUUGGGCAACUACAUGAACCGCGGGGCUCGCGGCAAUGCCUCCGGUUUCCGACUGGCCUCGCUCAACCGGCUGGCGGACACCAAGUCCAGUGCCGCCAAGGGCACCACCCUGCUGCACUACCUCGUCCAGGUGAUUGAGCGCAAGUUCAAGGACCUGCUGAAGCUGGAGGACGACAUACCGCAUGUGCGCGAGGCCUCCAAGGUGUCGCUGGGCGAGAUGGACAAGGACAUCCAGAUGCUGCGCACGGGUCUGGCGGAUGUGGCGCGCGAGAUUGAGUUCCAUCGCAGCUCGGGUCCCGCCCAGCAGGGUGAUCGCUUUCUGCCCGUGAUGCGCGAGUUCCAUGCGCAGGCAUCGGUGCGCUUUGCGGAGCUGGAGGAUAAGUUCCAGGACAUGAAGACGCGCUUCGAUCGGGCAGUGCGUCUGUUCGGCGAGGAUGGAUCGGUGCUGCAGCCGGAUGAGUUCUUUGGUAUCUUUGAUUCCUUCCUGGGCGCCUUCGCGGAGGCACGGCACGACAACGAAAGCUUCCGCCGGCGGCAGGAGGAGGAGGAGAAGCGGGCCAAGCAGGAGGCGGAGCUCAAGAAGCGCACCAUCGAGCGCAAGAACAAGACCGGUCUGAUGAGCAGCGUGGCCCGCAAUCUGGGCCUCAAGUCUGGUUCCCCCAACGGUGGUCCGGAUUCCCCGGCGAAGGGCGGCGGCGGCGGUGGCGGCGGCGACAACAAGGGCGAGUUCGAUGACCUCAUCUCGGCGCUGCGGACCGGCGACGUCUUUGGCGAGGACAUGGCCAAGUUCAAGAGGUCGCGCAAGGCGCGGGUGCUCAAUGGCGGUGGUGCCCCCACCGGACACACCUCGCCACCGCGCCACGGCAGCCUGCAGCGGGAGGAGAGCGGGCGGGAGCGCGAGCGGACCGUGAGGCGUCAGUAGCCAGGGGAUGGAGACUAGGAAGGGGAUCCCCCUCUACGGACCGCCCCCCGCUGUAAAGUAAUGUUUCCGGAUUGCGCGAAAGUAUUUUUUUUUUCCUUACAUCGUAAAGACACCUUUUUGUAAUUAUUUAUAUCUACAUACAUACAUACUACCCGUACGCAUA